AUGGCCGCCGGGAUAGGGUGGCUGUAUUGUUUUCUGUGGUUUUCCAGCAUCCUGGCAGGGUAUGCAUCCUUAUUUUGUCCUCUGUUGCCUGUCAUGUUCAUUUCCAACAAACUUUACCGCUACAUCACCGACAUCCUCUUCACCUACUGGCAGUACUAUCCCACGGCCAUGCUGGAAAUACUCUGCGGCUGCGACAUCCAGGUAUCCGGCGACCCCGUCCAGACCGGGGAGACCUCCAUCUUAAUCAUGAACCACAGAACGAGGACGGACUGGAAUUUUUUCUGGCCCACCUUGUACCACAGCGUUGUCGGGAAGGGCAAGCUGUCCCAUUCCACCAAAUUCGUCCUUAAGGACGUCAUCAGGCACAUUCCCGGACCAGGGUGGGUGAUGCAGUUGGCUUGCUUCGUUUACAUAAAAAGGUGCUGGUUGCUGGACAAGGAGAUCCUCCAGCGGUACGUCGACUACGUGGCCGACAUAUCCUACAAGCACAGCCUUCUGGUGUUCCCCGAAGGCACAGACUUCACAGAGGACACCAAGAAGAACAGCGACGACUUCGCUGCAAGAAAUAACAUCCAGAAGUACGACUACGUGCUCCACCCUAGGACCAAGGGCUUCACCUUCCUGGCUCAUCAGUUGCUGUUGAAAAACAACCUGGACGCCGUCUACGACGUCACUUUGGUGUAUCCAGACACCGUGCCACAAAGGGAGAAGGUCUUGCUUAUGGGAUACUUCCCCCGAGUGGUCAAAGUUCAUUUUGCCAGAUAUCCAAAGAGCGUCCUGCCCAAGUCGGAACCGGGUCUCAAGGAAUUCCUGGAGAGGCGCUGGUUGGACAAGGAAAGGACCAUAAAGGAGUUCUACGCCACCGGGCAUUUCCUGCACGGGCAAAUCCUGAAGACGGACAGGCGCUGGGAACUGUACCUGGCGCUGUUGUUUUGGUCGCUGCUGCCGUACGUCACUUUGUAUUCCUUUGCCGUUUCGGAAGCGUUUAGGAACAUGGUCAUAGCCAACACGAUAUUCCUGGUGGCGGUGAACAUUUUCUCCGGAGGUUUUCAGAAUUUCGAGAUCGCGCUGUACAAUUUGAAAAGGUGGAAAUGA